AUGGAGGGGCCGGUGACCUUUGAAGAAGUGGCCGUCUAUUUCACGGAGGAGGAGUGGGUCCUGCUGGAGCCGAGCCAGCGGGCCUUGUACAGGGAGAUCAUGCUGGAGAAUUACUGGAAUGUGGCCGCGCUGUGGGAGGGAUUUCCACCUCACAAACCUCCCCUCAUCUCCCAGCUGGAGCACUGGGACGACCCACUGGAACCAGGCCUUCGUGGAUCAGGGGAAAUAGGCUCUCACACCAACCCAGGUAUCCCUCAGCUGCCGGCCAAUGACGAUGAUUGCAGUCCAGUAGAAAGACCAAAGUCAAUAUCCCUGGAAGAGGCCAAUUGUUUCUGUAGUCUGAACUUAACUGUACAUGAGAGAUCUCACACAGCAGACAAACCCUACCAGUGCUCCAGCUGUGGGAAAGCCUUUGUUCAGAAAGCAUACCUCAUUACACAUCAAAGAACCCACACUGGAAAGAGACCAUAUCAAUGCCUUGAGUGUGGAAAGAGCUACCCACGGAAAACGUCCCUUGCUGUACAUCAAAGAGCACACACGGGAGAGAAGCCCUAUAAAUGCCCAGAAUGUGGGAAAAGCUUCUUGAGCCCUGUGUCCCUUAUUGUUCAUAAGAGAAUCCACACAGGAGAGAGACCCUUUCAGUGCUCAGUCUGUGGCAAAAGCUUCAAUUGGUGACAGAGCUUCAUUUUGCAUGGAAGAGCGCACAUGGGAGAGAAGCCCUAUAAAUGCCCAGAAUGUGGGAAAAGCUUCUUGAGCCCCGUGUCCCUUAUUGUUCAUAAGAGAAUCCACACAGGAGAGAGACCCUUUCAGUGCUCAGUUUGUGGCAAAAGCUUCAAUUGGCGACAGAGCUUCAUUUUGCAUGGAAGAGCACACAUGGGAGAGACACCCUACAGAUGCCUAGAAUGUGGGAAAAGCUUUGUGUGCCAGGUGUCACUUAUAGUUCACAUGAGAAUCCACACAGGAGAGAAGCCGUACCAGUGCUCUGAGUGCAGGAAGAGCUUCCGCUGUAAGCAGAGACUGAUUUUGCAUCAAAGAGCCCACAUGGGAGAGAAACCCUAUCAGUGUCCAGAAUGUGGGAAAUGCUUUGUGAACUGAGUGUCCCUUAUCUUUCACCAGAGAAUCCACACAGGGGAGAGGCCCUGUCAGUGUUCUGAGUGUGGGAAAAGUUUCAUUAACAAACAAGCCCUCAGUAAACAUAAGGCCAUCCACACAGGGGAGAGAAGAAAUUUGUGCACUGUGUGUGGAAGGAGGUUCUCUCAAAAAGGAAAUCUGAUGCGACACAUGAAAAUCCACACAGGAGAGAAACCCUAUGCCUGCCCCACCUGUGGGAAAAGUUUCAUCCGGAAAGUAUGUCUUACUGAGCACGAGGCAAGCCACAGGGAAGAGAAACCGUACGUCUGCCCUGAGUGUGGGAAAAUAUUCAAACGGAAAAGAGGGUUUCUCACCCAUGUGAGAAUGCAUGGAGAAACCCUGAACAAAGAGAAAUGCCAUCCAUGCUCGGCAUGUGGCAAGAGCUUCCACUCAAAGUGUCACCUUAUUGCGCACCAGAGGACCCACACGGGAGAGAAGCCAUACCAGUGCACAGAGUGUAGGAAAAGCUUCAGCCAACAGUCCUCCCUUAAUACACACCAGAGAGUCCACACAGGAGAGAAGCCGUCGUUAUAUACGGAAUGCGGCAAAAGCUUCCCUAAUACAAGCAACCUGGCGAGACACCAGAGGAUCCACACUGGGGAAAAACUGUUCACGUGUCCAGAGUGUGGAAAAAGCUUCAAUCAGAAAGCCUCCCUGGAGGCCCACAAGGCAACCCACAGCAAAGAAAACCCCUUCUCCUGCCCAGACUGUGGGAAAACCUUCAAGCUGAAAGUGUCGCUCUGUACCCACCAGAGAACGCACACAGGAGAGAAACCCUAUGAAUGCUCUCAGUGUGGGAAAAGAUUUAUUAGAUGUUCGCAGCUUCGAAGACACAAAAAGACACACAAAGAAGGCCCUCUGGCCCAGAUCUUAGCAGACAGGAUGAUCGAGAAGAGAGCUUAUCCUUCCUCGUCGUGA